AUGGUCCUCGGCUUCGAGCGCAUCAACGAGCGCACCCAACGCCCGAACGCGCACAUAAACUUCAUACGCACACUGCCCGGCCCAACAUCGUCCACGGCGGAAAGCAUCCUGAACCGCGUCGCAGCGAUAUGCUACCCCUUCAUGAAGUCGCACAUGAUCCUUGUUCAGGCGCUUGAAGAAUUUCCCUAUAACACCGAGUUUGUUGGCCGCAAUUUCAACGCUGGCGAAGUCAUACAACUGGUGCUCAGAGACCGAAAUGGAAGAUGGCUACCACAGAGGAUGGUGGAGAUGGUCAUGGCACAUGAGCUCGCGCACUGCAAGCAGAUGAAUCACUCGAAGGCUUUCUGGAAGGUUCGAGAUGGCUACGCGGUGGAAUUGAGGGGGCUUUGGGCAAAGGGGUACACUGGCGAAGGACUGUGGGGUAGGGGUAGAGAUCUGGAUACAGGAGCUUUGCAAGCGAGCGAUGGCGAGGCUGUAGAUGUACCCGAGCAUCUGUGUGGUGGCACAUAUGGACGGAAGGGAAACAAGAGGAAGAGAGGUGGAAAGGAGAAGCCCGUGCUGAGCUAUGCAGAAAGGAAGCAACGAAGGAUACUGAAGAAGUUCGGAGCUGGAGGUCAGGCAUUGGGUGCCGACGACGACACAAAAGUGAAGCUGGAGAAGGGCGUCCCAAAGAAAGGCAAGCCUAGGGUCGCUGGUAGUGCACGAGGACGGGACCUCCGAGCUGCGGCGGCAUUGGCACGCUUUGAGCCAGUCAAGAAGGAAGAGGAGGUCGUGAUAAAGAAAGAAGAACCGUCAUCGGACAGCGAAACUGAAGACGAGUUUGUCGAGGGCGAUCAAGACGGCGCAGCGGUAGACGUAGAUGGCAAGAGCAUGUUCGACGACAAAGGCCGCGCCCUGAUCAAGAUCUGCGAGGAUGAAGACGACAGAGAUGGUGAUGCAAGGAGGGAGAUGGACGAGAUACAAGGUUUUGCGCCGCAGCCCAAAUCAGCGAAGAAGACAACAUCGUCCAAAGCCUCGAGCAAGCCGGCAGCGCCGAAGCCAACGAAGACUCAGACUCAGACUGCAUCAAAUACCGCCUCGCGAUCGACUGCUACUCCUAGAACAUCAGCAGGGUCGGCCAACUCCCUUCCAGAGAUCUACAAACCCCGUCCCAAACCAAACACUUUCGCCGCACAACCUCGGCCAUUGCAGAGCUCUGCCUGUCUCAUAUGCUCACUCGAGAACGAGGCCGGAGCAUUGACAUGCGGCGCUUGCGCAAACGUACUUAAAGAGGACUUUGUACCCGACCACUGGCGAUGCAAGAGCGCUGCUUGCGAGGGAAGCCAGUACAUCAACGCCGGGGACGCAGGUGCUUGUGGAGUCUGUGGGAUGACCAGGAAGAAAUGA